AUGUACUGUGCUUGCCUCAAGCUUGAGAUCACGUUCGAGUUGACGCAUCUUCGUCUUCUAGCGGCCAGCAACUUUGAUUCCAAGCGCCAGCUGGGUGAGUCUGCAGUCGUGAGGUCGCUGCCCAGGCUGCUGAAUGGACUUGCAGGUCCAGCAGAGUAUUUGGGGCUGGUAUCCGCUUGGAGUUAUCUGCUCGGUAUCAAUGGCGAUCCCACGAUGGACCUGACGUUUGAGGAUACUAUCAAUUACUUGCAAUGUGCAAGCCGUCCUAUCCGCUUGCGGUUCUUGAUUGCGACACUUCCUUACAAGAACGCUUGCAAUUUCCCUGACCGACUGCAAGCUUUGUCGCCGGUGUCAGCUAUGCAGACCACGUCGGAGAAUUACUCGCUACCGUGGGUGGAUACGCUGCGUGGAGCCUUUGCUGAUAUGUUUGCGAGCAUAUGUCGUGACUAUCAAUGCUUUGUUAGCAGUCACGGUCAGGAACCCGAUACUUGCAUUGGUGACAGACAGCGUGCGCUUCCGACAGGCAAGGACAACGAUUGCAUACGACGCUGUUCUUCAGCGCCUUCUUCGUUUACGCAGUUUGACCACAAGUCUUUUUGUGACACGGUACCCUCGAAUCGGAGAUUUCUGCUCGAGUUCACUCAGACACAACGUUUCGCUAAUUUUGUGAACGGGAGCUUUUCGACAUGCAACCGAUAG